AUGGCCAAGCUUCGCUGGAAAAGCGCUUCGUGCACUGACCGCGCGCUGCAGUUCAUGGAAGUGGCCCUGCAACGCGUUGAGGAGGAAGCGGAGAACGCUGCCGAGAGCAACGGCGCAGACGACAAAGCUCGACAGAAGCACAUCCCGACGCUGAUUAACGACCUCUUGUAUCCUAAAUGCAUUGCUGUUGCCGUCACUCCAAAUGUUGGUGAAGGUGCGUGCUUCCGUGGCAUGCAGUGCGCUCAGUACUCUGUUCUAGGCAAGGUGUACAACAUCGCCGUGAUCAUGAAGCCGGAGGAAAUCUUGGCCAACGGCGAACCGGACUCCACGGAGAGGCCGACGGCUUAG